AAUAAGAAUAUAAUGUCAAAAGACAGAGAUAUGUUUCAUGUGAUUCACAAAGUUCCUUGCGGAGACACACCUUAUGUUAGAGCCAAACAUGCUCAGUUGAUAGAGAAGAAUCAAGAGAUGGCAAUAGCGUGGUUUUGGAAGGCGAUAAACGCAGGAGACAGAGUGGACAGCGCUCUUAAGGACAUGGCCGUGGUAAUGAAACAGCUCCACCGAACCCAAGAUGCCAUCGAAGCCAUCAAAUCUUUCAGAUUCCUCUGCUCAAAAAGCUCCCAAGACUCCCUCGAUAACCUCCUCAUCGACUUAUACAAGAGAUGUGGAAGAUUCGAUGAGCAGAUAGAUUUACUGAAGAUGAAACUGAGGCAGAUUUAUCAAGGGGAGGUUUUCAAUGGAAAGCCCACCAAGACAGCUCGUUCGCACGGCAAGAAGUUCCAAAUCACUGUCCAAACAGAAAUUUCAAGAUUGCUGGGGAAUUUGGGGUGGGCGUAUAUGCAACAAGGGAAGUACUUUUCGGCGGAAGGAGUGUACAGAAAAGCACAGAUGAUCGAGCCAGACGCGAACAAGGCUUGUAGUCUGGCGAUAUGUUUGAUCAAACGUGGCAGAUACGAGGAAGCGAGAUCGAAUCUUGACGAUGUUCUUGAGUUUAGGGUUUCGGGUUCGGAGGAGUGCAGAACAAGGCAACGAGCCGAGGAGCUUCUGAAUGAGUUGGAGGCUUUAUCUCCGAGAAAAAGUCAAGACAUGGAUGGCGGUUUGGCAACCAUCUUGGACGCUGACCUAGUCAACGAGGUUGACCAAAUCGCGGCCCAAGAGUACCGUACUCUUUUUAGCAGGUCUAAAACCAAAAGACUUCCAAUCUUCGAGGAGAUUUCUUCUUUUAGAAAUCAAUUGGUUUGUUAAAUACUUAUUUCGUUUAUGCUUGUGUUUUAGAUUU